GGGAGAACGUUGGCCCGGGCGGGUUGAGCGCGCGAGCUUCUGUUGCUGAGAUUUCCGGAGCUGCGGGGACCUGGGUUUUGCUGCGAUCGGUGUUGCAACCGGCACUGCAGGGCAAGGCGCGGGAGCCAGGAAAGUGGAGGGAUCGGGGAUCCCAGCUCUCGGUGCAUCAUCGCUUCCGAGCGCCAUGCACAGGAGACAUCUCCAGGAAAUUCCAGAUUCAGGCAGCAACGUCAGCGCUGGUUUCACAUGGGGAUGGGAUCCCAGCAAGACUUCGGAGCUGCUCUCGGGCAUGGGAGUGUCUGUUCUUAAGGAUAAGCUAGGCAACGAGAACACCCCCCAGGAACUGCUCAUGUGCAUGGGACCACCCGCAAAACGGCAGAAAGUGAAGGAAAAGGAAUUUACUAUUGCCCGCAGACCUAGGCUGCUUCGAGAGGCAGGAGCAGGAGUCUCUUGGGAUUCAUUGCCUGAUGAACUGCUUCUGGGAAUUUUCUCCUAUCUGUCCUUGACUGAUCUGCUGAAAGUUCCACAGGUUUGCCGGAGGUGGCAUCGCCUUUCGAUUGACGAGUCACUCUGGCAGACUCUUGACCUCGCAGGAAAGAAUCUGCGGCCAGGUGUGAUUGGCCAUCUGCUGCCAUUGGGUAUAACUGCCUUCCGUUGUCCAAGGUCCUGUGUUGGCAACCCUUUGUUCAAAACAAGCAGACCUCUUCGGGUACAGCAUCUAGACCUGUCGAAUUGUACAAUAAAAGUUGGAGAUCUCCAAAGUAUUCUGUGCAGGUGCCAGGAGCUACAGAACCUCAGCUUGGAAGGCCUUGAGCUUUCUGAUGAUAUAAUUAAAAAUAUAGCACACAACCCCUGUUUGGUGCGACUAAACCUGUCUGGAUGCUCUGGGUUCUCUGCAGAAGCCUUGGAGACAAUGCUGGACAGUUGCCCCAGGUUGGAAGAGCUGAACUUGGCCUGGUGUGACUUCACAGUUGAUCACGUGAAAGCAGCAGUCAGCCACAUUUCUCCAACGGUAACACAGCUGAACCUCAGUGGAUACAGACAGAAUCUAUUAAUGCCAGAUAUCAAAACAUUAACUGAGAGGUGUUCCAGUCUAGUCCAUUUAGAUUUAAGUGACAGUGUUAUGUUGAAGCCCGAUUGCUUCCAGUAUUUCCACCAUCUGGCGUCUCUUGAACACCUGGGUCUUAGUCGAUGCUAUCAGAUACCUCCUGCAGCCCUACUUGAACUUGGUGACAUAGCCACACUCAAAACACUCCAGGUUUUUGGAAUAGUGACUGCCAGCUCCCUUCAACUCUUGAAGGCAACACUUCCUCGCCUAAAGAUCAACGUCUCCCAUUUUACACCUAUUGCAAGGCCCACUGUUGGCUGUAAAAGGAACGAACAGAUUUGGGGAAUCCAAUGCAGACUGAGCUUGAAAAGUCCAGCUGGUUUUUAAAAUGGCUUGAAAGACAUUUUUAGCUACUACCAAGAGCUGUGAUGCAUCCUUGAAGGACGGUCGAGUUCAUAGGUUGUGUUUUAAUCUUGUUUUAUUUUGUGACACGCGCUGCAGUCCACAACUUUCUAAAUGGACUUAAAUCAGUUUGUGUGCAAGCGCUGUCAAUCAUACUUCUGCUGAACUGUAUUAAAAACCUGCUAAUUAUGUACAAAUAGUUGACAUUAAGCAACAUGAACCCCAUGCUUUUCGAAACACUAUUGAAAAACGAGCUAAGUGUGAUUUUUAAAUAUUAAAACGCUCAAAAAUUUUA